AUGGCUACCCCCAGUGUCCCUACUUUUGAUGCUGAGGGCCGUGCCGUUGACUUUGAAGUCUGGGUUGAUGACCUCCAGCUGUUUCUCAAGUGCGAUAGGGCAGACGGACUCUCUCUGUUCGAUCUCACCUCUGGUGCCUCUCCUGCCCCGCCUGCUACUGCUGACAGCACUGAUCGCUCACAUUGGGCCACACGCGAUGCUGCUGCUCGCCUUGCUAUGCGUCGCCACCUACCGACCACAGAGCGUGCACACUUUAGCCAGUACAAGAGUGCUCUGACCUUGUACGGCGCUGUAGUUGCACGCUACUCUUCCCCUGCCACUGCUGCACUGAGCCGCCUCAUGCUACCGUACCUCUUCCCUGACCUUGCUGCCUUUCCCACAGUCGCUGACCUCAUUACGCACCUCCACACUAGUGACACUCGCUACCGCACUGCGCUUCCUGCUGAGUUCUGCGCCAAGAACCCCCCCCUCAUGUACAUCACCCUCUACUACAUAGUCACCCGGCUCCGUGACUCUCUCUGCGUAGUUAGGGACCACUUCCUCUCAGUUUGCCCCACCACUCUCACCAUUGACCUCCUCGAGAAGGCCCUCCUAGCAGCAGAGAAGAGCAUAGUCGCUGUAGGAGCCUCUCGUGGUGACCCUCGCACCCCCGUCUUUGAGGGGUGUUCCCCCUCCCCCCUCUUGCCCUCUGUUGCCUCUGCUGCUGCGGCCGACCUUGUUGGUUUCGAGUCGGUCGGCGCUGCGUCUGCCCCGAGCGGGAGACGCCGCACCGGCAAGGGCAAGGGGGGCAAGGGCGCUGGAGGGGCUGGCUGGGGCGGUGGAGGUGGUGGUGGAGGCAGUGGAGGGGGUGGGGGUGGUGGUGGGAGUGGUGGCGGGGGUGGAGGUGUCGGUGGCAGCAUUGGAGGCGGAGGAGGCGGCGGCGGAGGCGGGGGGAGCGGAGGCGGCGGAGGUGGUGGAGGCGGCGGAGGCAGCGGAGGUGGCGGAGGCGGCGGCGGCAGCAGUGGACCUGGUCGCAGGUCUGCGCAGAGGAGUGGCUCUCGUGGAGGUACGCGCCAGCAGCAGCAGCGCACUCAUGAGACCCUAUCCCCUCAGCAGCUUCGUGAGUGGUACGCUGCGCGUCAGCGCGGUGGGGGUACGGGUCCCUGCACCUACGUUCUCCGCACCGGCGACCGCGCUGGUGCUGGUGAGGCUGGUGCUCUAGGUGCUAGCGCGUUUGCUGCCCCAGGUGCUGGUGAGUCUGCCCUCUCAGGUACCAUGUCGGCUCAGGCCUUACACACCUUCACCCUUGAUUCGGGUGCUUCCCGCUCCUUCUUUCGAGACCGCACCACACUUAUGCCGCUUAGUCGGCCGGUUGCGGUCUCCCUGGCGGACCCCUCUGGGGGUCCUGUCCUUGCUCGCUUCUCCACUGUCUUACCGUGUCCGGCAGCCCCCUCUAGCACCUUGUCAGGUCUCUACCUCCCCUCGUUCUCUACGAACUUGGUGAGUGGCGCUGAUCUACAGGAUAGGGGGGUUGACAAGUUCAAACCUGCGAGUCAGCGGGUGACCCACUGCACGUAUGCUCGAACAGGCAGACACUUGGCCACGUUCACCCGUCGGCCGGGAUCGAGCCUAGUCCUCUCUUCCUGUCCUUCCUAA